AUGGUCGCAGCAAAGUUACAGUUGCUGAUGGCGAUCGGUGUCGCCCUUAGCGCCGUCCAGGCUGGUCCUGUUGACAACAACCAUGGCAGCAAAGGCCCAUCCUUCAACAACAAGUGCGUCCUCACAGCAUCCGGUAUUAUCAACGACAUGGACCCCACUGCUGACCCUUGCCAGGACUUUUCUAAGUUCACCUGCGGUGGAUUCGAUGAGCAGCACGAGAUCCCGUCGGAAGGAUCGUCUAUCGGAGCCUUUGACAUCCUGAGCGCCAGUAACAUGCGUGUGCUCCGCUACAUUGUCGAUGCCUCACUCGGGAAAUCACCCAAAGCCGCACCCGGGGACGUCGCCGCCCAAAACAACAUCAAGAAGCUGCAAGACCUCUUCUCCAGCUGCAUGGACGAACCUUCCAUCCUCAAGGCCGGUCGUAAGCCCCUCGUCGACGAGGUCCAAAAGAUCAUCCAGGCCUUCCCUGCCUCUGCCUCCCCCGCCGACAAGGCUACCCUCUCCAAGACCCUUGCUCAGAUCUCAAAAUUGGGGUUCCGGCUUUCGUCGUUUAUUAACCUGGGCGUUUCACCCGGUUCGGAUAACCCUUUGUCGAAUGUUUUGACAGUUUAUGAAGACGGGUUGGGGUUGGGGACAUCAGCGGAUUAUGGGGAUGCGGAGUUGGUCAAGUUGUAUAGAGAUACUGCGGCGGCGAUGUUCCAGGUUGUCUUUGGGGAAGAGGAUGUGGCCAAGAGGGCUCAACCUUUGACUGAGAAGGAUAUCAACAAGGAGUGGGUCGAUGCUGCAAAGGAGGUAGUUGAUUUCGAGAUUCAGCUUGCUGGGAUUGCGACCCCAGAUGAUGACCUGUGGGACCCUAUCAAGUCCAACAACCCCCGCACGGUCGAGCAGCUGGCUGCUCUGACUCCUUCGAUCGAUUGGUCCAUCAUCAUCCAAGAGAUAGGCGUCAAGAACACCCGCCCUCUCGCCGUCUCCUCCGUUGUCUACCUCACAAAACUCGAUGCCGUUCUCAAAAACACCUCUUCGAGGACCCUCCAGCACUAUUUCUCCUGGGUGGUCAUUCAAAACCUGGCCAACAACCUCAGCAAGCCCUACACACAGCCCCUGGAUGCUUACGAGAGCGUCGUCUCGGGCGUCUCUGCCAAUAUCAAGGUAGAGCGCUGGAAGACCUGUGUCUCGGUUGUCAGCCGCAAUCUGGGCCAAGUGGCCGGCCACUACUUUGUUGAACAGACCUUCAAGGGCAACAGUCGCAAGGAAGUCAUGUCGAUCAUCGAGAACGUCCUCGCCAGCUACGGAAAAGCUUUCCCUACCCUCAAGUGGCUCGACAAGACCACCCGCGACGGCGCCAUAAAGAAGCUCAAGGCUAUCGUCCAGCUUGUCGGCUACUCGACCGAUGCCCCCGAUGUCGCAUCCUCUAAGGCCUUGGAUGAGUACUACAAGGACUACACCAUCGCAACCAACGAUUACUUUGGCAACCAGUUCAAGCACUCCGUCUGGUCGGCAAUGGACACCUUUAGACAGCUUCCUCUACCCGUGAACAAGAACUCGAUGGGUAUGGUUCCCUCGACUGUGAAUGCUUAUUACAGCCCUUCGUCGAACUCGAUCAACUUCCCUGCCGGUAUCUUGCAGUUGCCGUUCUUCAAUGUUGAGAACCCCGAGUAUAUCAACUAUGGAAGCAUGGGUGUCGUUGGCGGCCACGAGAUCGGGCACGCUUUCGACAACUCUGGUCGCCACUACGACUCUAUUGGUCGAGUCGCCAAUUGGUGGACAAACGCAACCUCGAACGCAUUCGAUGAGAAGGCCCAAUGCUAUGUGAACCAAUAUGGUAACUUCACCAUCAAAGGCCCUGACGGCAAGGAUCACAACCUCAACGGUAAAUUGACCUUGGGAGAGAACUUGGCUGAUAACGGUGGUAUCAAGAUGGCCUUCAGUGUCUGGCAGUCGCGUGCCAAGUCUGAUCCCAACGGCAAGAAGAUCAAGAACUUCAAGCUCCCUGGCCUGGACGCCUACACGCCCGAACAACUCUUCUUCAUCGCAUACGGCCGCCUCUGGUGCAACAAGAUGCGUCCCGAAGCACUCCUCAACCUCAUAAAGACCAACCCCCAUUCCCCCGCCAAGUGGCGUAUCAAUGGUGUUGCCCAGAACUCGCCUGAGUUCGCAAAGGCGUUCAAGUGUAAGGCGGGUGCGCCUAUGAACCCUAACAAGAAGUGUGAGGUAUGGUAG